AUGGCUGAUUUGAAUCCUGCACUUGAAGAGCAUCGAACUACAACAAAUGGUGAAUCAUUGGAUAUUGCAAAACAAAAAAAUCAGUCUGAAGACCAACCACCACCAUUUUGGUCAAUAUCGGGUCUUCGUACUCGUUGGGCUGAUGCGCAGUUUCGCAAAAUGCUGUGGAAUAUCUUUCUACUAUCAUGGUCAUGGAGUCUCGGUGAAGGUGUAUUUUUCAUUCAAAUAAGUACAACUACGCUGGCUGCCACGAACUUUGCAAAUUGGUAUUUGGCGACGAUUCCAAUUGGUUUUAUGCUUUUGGUAGGCACUAUAUGGUCGGUAUUUUUGCCGCGUGUUGUGGCACGAAUUGGGUAUCGGCCACCACUUUAUUUAGGUGCCUUGAUGGGAAUGACUGGAGCAGGAAUUUGCAUUGUGGCCACGUGGUAUAGACUCUACUGGCUGUUGGUAAUUGGAGCUGGAUUUUUAGGUGGACAAGUACCAUGUACCUUAUACUAUCGUCUCGUAGCAUUGCAGUUUUCGACACCACAAUUUGCCUCGAAAGCAAUUGCAAUGGUUGUUGCUGGUGGUUGUCUUUCUGCUGUUAUCGGACCAGAGAUCGCCAAAUAUACGGUCAAUGCAUUAUCAAAACCUUUUAGUGGUGCUUAUUUAACAACAUUGUGUGAGUGUACGUUACUCUUAUUUACUAUGACAAUGAUUCAAUUUACUGAGAUAAAGAAUGCUGACUACAGACCAGUAUCAACUUCUUCAACACGGACUGCAAAUGGAAUUAAUAAGAACGGUCGUUCAAUAUAUGUCAUAGCGACUCAACGAACAUUUCUCGUUGCCGCUCUUGGUGGAUUUGUAUCGUGGUCAGCAAUGGCCAUUCAAAUGUCAGCGACUCCAUUGGCAAUGACUGCUGCCGGAUACGAUUUUGUUCAAGUGACAACAGCUGUUGAGUAUCAUCUUUUGGGCAUGUUUGUACCAUCAUUUAUUAGUGGAAAUCUAUGUAGUUGGUUUGGAAGUCGAUUGAUUAUGCUUACUGGAGUGAUUAUUCAAUUAACAGGAACUCUGCUGUUUCAACGAGGCUUUGAAGUUUCCCAUUUUAAUUUAGGUCUGAUUAUUAUUGGUGUUGGAUGGAAUUUGGGCUAUGUGGGAGCGUCGACACUAUUGACACAGUCUCAUCGAUCUGAGGAGAAACCAAAAACACAUUCAUUAACAAUGCAAUUACUUCAAAAUGAAAUUGAAAAACGUACAAAAACAAAUCAAUCAUCUUCAUCUUCAUCCAAUUCAUCAUCUUGUACACCAGUUAUGAUGUUCCUCUUAACAUCCUCAUCAAAACAAACGACAACAACAGAAAAAAGAAAACAAAACCUUUUGUCUUCAUGUUUCGAUAAUCCUCGAUCAUCAACAUCCACUGUUGAUGAAUUUGCUUUAUGA